AUGUCAACAAAGGAAAAAGACAAAAUAGCAGAAGGAACUGAAUUAAAGGAAUUAAGUGAAGAAUAUGAACGUAAACAAAAACAACAGCAUCAAGGUCAAGAUAAUAUUAAAAUGACCCCGAAAAGAAGAAGACACGAAGAUAAUGAAAAUGAAAUUAUUGAAAUGGACCAAGACUCAUUCCAAAUGGUCCAAAAUAAAAAUAAAAAUAAAAAAACUCGUUCAUUAGUUAAUCCUGAAGAACAGAAUAUAUUAAAUGAAAAUACGAAACAAAUACCAUAUCCGGAACAAAAACAAAACGAAAGAAGAAACAACAACGGUCGAAGUAUGAUCAUAUUUAAUUCAAGAAAUCAAAAUGAAAGAUAUCAAAAAGAAAACCAAAACAGUUAUGAAUUAAACCAAAGCAGUAGAAACAAAAAAAAUGUUACACGUGAUUUAAUUGAAGAAAUAGACACUCAGCAUCAAUCACAAAGAAAUGUUACUCAUCAAGCUCUACAAUAUGCAGUAGGUAAUCAACUUCCUCCACUCAAAAUAUCAUGUAAUCCAGCAGUUAAAAACCAUACGGAAGGAUCCAAUAUAAUAAAGGAACUUUUCUCACAAAUGAAAAAUGAUUUUAUUAAACAAAAUAAAUUGUAUAAUCGCCCAAUUGGUUUUGAUACAUGGUACAUUGACAAGCAAGGUUCUUUAUUAUGUUUUACCAAAGAAAUCGAACUUUUCGUUUAUCUAUGGGAUACUUCCAACUAUCCAUUAAAAAUAUUAAAUACAAUUAUAAAUCCAAUACCACCCACUCAUCUUCCACCUCAACAUUCUAUUAUAUUAAAAUUUGUUCCAAGCAUGAUUGCAACGGAAGAAAUUGAAGAAGCUAUAUCGGAUAUAUGUCAAUCGAAAAUUCUUAUUGCAGAAAUGAAAGGAUCAAUGACGACCAAAUCGAGACAUAUUCGAAUUGAUAUAACAUCAAAAGACGAAGUUAGAAAAUUAUUGAACAGUGGCUAUAUAUCAGUAGGUGGUUAUCUAAUCGAGGUUGACGAAUUCCUUGCUCCUCCUCAAAUACUCAUAUGCUCAAGAUGUAACAAACCCGGACAUAUUAAGAAGCAAUGCAAUGAAACUUAUGAUAAAUGUCGUCGCUGCGGUUUAAAUAAAUUACAAGGUGAUCAUCUACAAUGUGUCAUAAAAUGUCAUCAUUGCAAUGAAGAUCAUUUAGCCACUGAUUAUCGAUGUCCUAUAAUAAUUAAAUAUAGACGAGAUCUUAUUGAUGUAUUAAGAAAAAAACCUGAAUUACUUCCGCAAAAUGUUCAAUUAUUUAUCCCAGUUGAAUUCAGAAACGGUGGUAAAAAUACUAUAGGUAAUGCAAUAAUAAAAAAUACAGCUUCUCCAUAUGUACACAAUCCCGCACACACAAAUGCAUGGCCACCACUACAACAAAUGCCAUUAACAACAAAUAUAAAUGAAUGUACAACAAAAAUCCAAGAUGAUAUGAUAAAACAAAUUGAUGUAUUACAAAAAGAUUACGAACACUUAAAACAAGAAUUUAUGAGGAAAGAAAACGAAUUAACAACGAAACACAAUAAUUAUAAAGUAAAGCUCGGUGCAAUGCUGAAUCUAUUAGUUCUACAAAAUAACCAACAAAAUGAAAGUAUUAACAAAAUCUACACAGUGGUGAACGAACUUGUUCCAAUAGUGGCAGACUCUCUUAAAGCUAUGCAUAUGUGCACAGCAAAAACAAUAAACAGUACAAAUGAUUCGAAUCUACAAAAGGAAUAUAGAACAUUUCAACUUACUCUGGAGCAAGGUCUUAACAUGUUAAACGACCGCAACGAUUUAAUAAUUGAACAUCAACGAUCAACCAUCUCAUUAACUGAAAAAACAAACGAUCUAUUCCGGCAAGGUAUUGAACUUAUGUCUUUAAAUGAACAAGGUACACCUUAUGAGAAAAAACGUAUAAAUGAAAUUUUAAUAGAAUGGAAUUCACGUAUCUCUAUAUCUAGUAUGUGUAAGAGCUGGAUGAAAGAACGACCAACAGUUUCAUCAGAGAAUUUAACAUUUAUAGUAUAUAAUGUAGAAGGACUGAGUAUGCAUAUAACAGACAUUGAUAUUCUUAUAAACAACUAUAGACCACAUUUAUUUAUGUUAACAGGGGUAGGAACAGCCACAAGAAAUCUUCCUACAUUCCAGGAUUACAGUGGCGUAGCUCAAAGUGGUAGUAACUCCUAUGGAGGAGUAGCUAUCUUAUACAACAGUAAAUUGAAGUUAACAGUAAUAGAAAAGGAGGAAAACUUUUUAGUAAUGGAAAUGCUUCUAAAUAGUGAAAUAAUAAAAGUGGGGGCUAUAUAUGUUCCACCAUCUUCCUAUCCACCAUUCCAUCUUCUUUCUAAAUAUACAGAUCAUCCGUUUAUUUUUUGCGGAGACUUUAAUGCGAAGCACGUAGACUGGAACUGUAUUAAAAACAAUACGAGCGGAAAUCAAUUAGCACAAUGGAUCGAAAAUUCAGGAGUAGAAAUUAUCAACCCAGGAAAAGCAACGUCUCGUAGAUCAGAAGCAAUAAUAGAUUUUGGGAUUACAAAUGACGCAAGUGGCUGGCAAACAGAAGUACUCGAAGAAGGCUCUUCUGACCAUCGACCCAUAAUUUUUCAAUCACCUUACAGUAUAAAUAUUCAAGCAACUGUUUUUCAAUUGAGUUCAGUUAAAACUAAACAAUAUGCUCAACAUUACAAUACGUAA